UUUUUUAAUAAUGUUCUACCAAAAUUUAAAAAAACUUUCUUAUGGAGUUCGACAGCUUCAUUUAUCAAAACGAUUUAAACAUGCUUUGCCUGAUCUUCCCUAUGACUAUAAUGCUCUUGAGCCAGUAAUUUCUGCGGAAAUUAUGAAAAUUCAUCAUCAAAAGCAUCAUGCAACUUAUGUAAACAAUUUAAAUGUGACUGAAGAAAAAAUACAAGAGGCUUUUGCCAAAGGCGAUAUUCGUUCGGCUAUUCAAUUGCAAUCUGCUCUAAAAUUUAAUGGUGGCGGGCACAUCAAUCAUAGUAUUUUCUGGACAAAUCUUUGUAAAGACGGAGGUGAACCAUCUGGCAAACUCCUGCAAGCGAUUAAUCGUGACUUUGGUUCUCUCCAAGGAUUGCAAGCCCGUUUAAAUGCAAUUGCAAUAGCCGUUCAGGGAUCUGGCUGGGGAUGGCUUGGCUACAACAAAAUUGACAAACGCUUGGAAGUUGCUUGUUGUCAGAAUCAAGAUCCAUUGGAGCCUACCACAGGACUUGUUCCUCUCUUUGGAAUUGACGUUUGGGAGCAUGCCUACUAUUUGCAAUACAAAAAUGUGCGUGCUGAUUAUGUAAAUGCUAUUUGGAAGAUUGCCGAUUGGAAGAAUAUUGAGGAGCGGUAUGAGAGUGCUCAGACUGAUUAA